UGCCCUCACCAACAUGGCGAACUGUUGACGCUCCCACGCUGAACGAGUCGCUUUUAAAUGACGCCGCGUUAGCGAGCAGCGCAUGAGAUGAAAGCGCCACUGCAAAGAGCAGUUUAGAGGAUCUUCACAUUAAAUGGCCACCGAUAUGGCCGAUACACCUGCUGUGCAGGAGAGCAGCCAUGAAUGUGCGAACAGUGAACAUGAAUCUGCAAAGGAUGAAAAUGAGACCGUACAGACUGGAGAAACUGAAACACUGUCUAAAAGACAAAGGAAGAGACUUCUCAAGAAUCAACAAUGGGAAGAACAGAGAGAACUUCGCAAACAGAAGCGUAAAGAGAGAAAACAGCAGAGGAAACUGGAGAGACAAGUGCAGGCUGAAGAUGGAGUGGAGUGGACUGGAAAGAAGCGUUUGUGCAGGUCAGCAGAGCCCAGCUCUCUCAGGCUGGUCAUAGACUGCAGCUUUGAUAACCUCAUGGUGCUCAAGGAUGUAAAGAAACUUCACAAGCAGAUUCAGAGGUGCUAUGCUGAGAACAGACGCACACUACAUCCUGUACAGUUUUAUCUUACAAGUCACGGCGGUCAGUUAAAGCAAGUCAUGGACGAAAUUAACAAAGGCUGGGUCAACGAACUCUGUAAAAGUGCCUGA